UUAGACGCAUCCAUGCGUCUUGCUCAUCCAUGCAGACUGGACACUGGCCGAGAGUUGGUGGAGUCGAAUCUCUUGGUUGCUUUGUUGGGUCUGCUCCUGUCUCUGGCCACGCUCCCCCCACACCAGCAGACGAUGGCGUAGAACACCGCAGAGGACACCACAAUGUACAGUGGGGCAAAAAAGUAUUUAGUCAGCCACCUAUUGUGCAAGUUCUCCCACUUAAAAUGAUGACAGAGGUCUGUAAUUUUCAUCACAGGUACACUUCAACUGUGAGAGACAGAAUGUGAAAAAAAAAAUCCAAGAAUUUAUUUGUAAAUUAUGGUGGAAAAUAAGUAUUUGGUCGACCUUUCAAAGAUCUCACUGAUGGAAGGAGGUUUUGGCUCAAAAUCUCUCGAUACAUGGCCCCAUUCAUUCUUUCCUUAACACGGAUCAAUCGUCCUGUCCCCUUAGCAGAAAAACAGCCCCAAAGCAUGAUGUUUCCACCCCCAUGUUUCACAGUAGGUAUGGUGUUCUUGGGAUGCAACUCAGUAUUCUUCUUCUUCCAAACAGGACGAGUUGAGUUUAUAUCAAAAAGUUCUAUUUUGGUUUCAUCUGACCACAUGACAUUCUCCCAAUCAUCUGCUGUAUCAUCCAUGUAUCCAUUUUGAUGUAAACUCAACUCGUCGUGUUUGGAGGAAGAAGAACACUGAGUUGCAUCCCAAGAACACCAUACCUACUGUGAAGUAGGUAUGUGCCGCACUUUGGACACGCCUGGUGUACAAGGUUACAGAACAGGAACGCUGAUGGGUCGCCACAAGGCACCCUGUAAAAGACGGGAAAAAGGUAAAACCCUGUGGAAGAAGAUGAGGGAGGGGGGUGGAGUUAGGAUUCUGGAGGUCGACUGCUGCUAUAAAGCGCUGCCAGCCGUCCAUCACCCCGAAGUGGAAUCAAGCGCUGGUGAAGGCGUGGGGUGGGGGUUGGAUGGGUGUGUGUAUAUGCCCAUUGUCUUGGGUGUGUUGAUGUAGUGUCCAUAGGCCUGGAGCCGUUCUGCAUGCAAGCAAAACUUCGACUCCAGGUGUCGUUGAGGAGGGAGGGACGUCAAAAGCGUCCAUCAUUGAGGAGUACUCGGGGGAUGUUUUCAGAACAGCCUGCUCCUGUUGUUGCAUCAGGGCCAUUUGACUGUCUCAUUAUGUCGGCUUUGGGGCUGUUCCUGCUGAUCUUAGCAGCGUCUUUCUGCCCAGGAGAAUGCAUGUUCAUCAAAGACUCUCUUGGAUUGAGGAAGCACACAUCUCAGACAUCGGACAUGUGUUCAGAAUGCAGCCACAUCAUCCAGCUGUCUGCUAAUAUGAUUUCCAGCAAAGAUCACAAGGAGCAUGUGUAUGAAACCUUGCAUGCACUCUGCCAACACCUCCCAGACAAAGACGCGUCUGAAUGUGACUCUCAAAUGAAGAUGUACUUGCCCAAAAUGCUGCGACGAACACUUGGUCAAAAGGAAGUGAAAGCUACCUGUUCAGCCUUUAGGCUGUGUCCGACCGACAAGGAUGAGGAAGAGAAACUUUCCCAAGAUGGCACCGUGAAAGCCGCACUCACCAACACUCAUCCCAGUGAACAAUUUAACCCAGCUUGCACCCUGUGCUUGUAUAUCAUCAAGAAACUGGAGACUAUGUUGCCCCAGAAUAUGACAGAGGAUGCUUUAAUGAAGCUCAUGGGCGAGGUCUGCGAUCUCCUUCCUCAGAGCUACAAGGCUGAGUGUGAUGAAUUUGUUGACAAAUAUGGCGUGCAGAUAGUAGAGUUUCUUCUUUCGUCGGCCGCUCCUCACACGAUAUGUGCGCUCCUACACGUCUGUUGGUUCAAGGACUUGCCUGCUCCAGAGGUUCCUGUCCCCUUAGACUGUGAGUCGUGCCACACACUGGCCUUGCUGAGCCGACUUCAGCUGGGUCUCAAUGCCACGCAGCCUCAAACAUCCACUUUCCUCCAAUCUGUGUGUGGGCAAUACCCAAAUGCCAUUCCAAAGUGCGAGGCUUUCACCAGAAUCUACGGCUCUCGACUCCAGCAGGUUUUGGGAAACCAGGCAGAGUACGCAGACGUUUGUGAAAGAGCUGACCUGUGCAGCACAAAGAAGUCCGACCUGCUGGGAAGUAAUCCGUGCACUUGGGGGCCAAGCUUCUGGUGCAAAGACUCAGACACAGCUCAGAAGUGUGGUAACCUGGCUUUCUGUGAGAAGCACGUGUGGAAGAAGUGAAUCGCUAAAUCACCUAAAUAUGCAAUCACACAAUGCACGCUUGUGACAUUGUCAUUUGUUUUUUGAAAGAUGAGUUUUGUAUUUAGUUUCUUAAGAGACUGUUUGUUCAAAUGUUUUGAAUCUGCAGGAAAAAGUGCAUUCGUGAUUGCAACCACCAUGUUUUCAGCGUUCUUCAGUUGUAUGUAUACUGACUUAAUGAAAUGUUUUUACAAAAGACCUACAAACAUUUAUUUGGUAAGAUGUACAAACUACAGGUAGAAGCAGGUUUAUUUAGAAACGUCAUAAUAAAAAUACAAACUGUGAAAAAAAAAAAGAACAUGAUUCUAA